AUGGGGGGCCAGUGGAUGUUGCUGGGACUGUUUCUGGUCACGGCCGCUGGGGCUGCCCAGGAAUCUGUGCUGAACAUCUGCAUCGAUGCCAAGCACCAGAAGAGCAAGCCUGGGCCAGAAGACGAGCUGCACAAACAGUGCUCCCCGUGGAAGGACAAUUCCUGCUGUACAGUCAACACUAGCCAGGAGGCUCACAUGGACACGUCUUACCUGUACAACUUCAACUGGAAUCACUGUGGGAUCAUGUCAGAGAAGUGCAAGCAGCAUUUCAUCCAGGACACCUGCCUGUACGAAUGCUCGCCCAACCUGGGGCCCUGGAUUAAGCAGGUGGACCAGAGUUGGCGCAAACAGAGGAUCCUGGAUGUGCCGCUGUGCAAGGAAGACUGUGAGACGUGGUGGGAGGAUUGCCAGAAUGACUUCACCUGCAAGGACAACUGGCACACAGGCUGGAACUGGACCACGGGGAUCAACCGCUGCCCAAAGGGCUCCAUGUGCCAGGCCAUGAAGAGACUCUUCCCUCGACCGAAAGACUUGUGUGAGAAGAUCUGGAGCAACUCCUACAAGUACACCACCCUGACCCGGGACAGCGGGGGCUGCAUCCAGAUGUGGUUUAACACCACGCGAGGCAACCCCAACGUGGCCGUGGCCCAGUACUAUGCCAAAGCUGCCACCCCCCUGCCGUGGGCUCUGCCGGUCUUGCUUUUCCCAGCACUCCUGGCCCUAUUGUGACCCUCGGCAAGGACUCUCC